CUUUAUUCUCCUAAUCAUUGAUCUUCACCUUGGAGUCGUAAACGUCAUGGACUCGAAACGUAAAGAAUAUGCGGAAUGGGCGGACAUGGCUGCCAUCCUCCAGAGGGCUUGGAAACGGUUCAUCAAUACUGUUCCGGGUGAAUGGAAACCGGAGCUUACAUUUAGAGAUUACCCUUGUAUGAGGCAGGAAAAAGGGAAUAACUUAUGUGGAUACUACGUCUGCACCUUCAUGCGUGACAUGUCCUGUCCCAAGGGUGGGGAUGCCCAAAUACACCACACUCGUAUGACACGCCUGCGGGACACUCUCAUAACAGCGGAUCAAAUAAAAGCAAUUCAAGAGGAAAUCGCGGGAUUCUUUAUUACCGAGGUCCUUACCCCGAGUGGAGAGCACUAUCGGAAGAUCGUGACGGCGGAGGAUAUUCGUUCAGGAAAAGUUGUAUUGUAAAUAUGCAUGCAUUACGUGUACUUGUGUUGACUAUGUCGUGUACUGUUGACGAUGUCUAUAUAUAUUCAUGACGAUUUUUUGUGGUUU